ACCUACUCAACCAUCCAUCAUUCUCCCAGCCAAAGACCACGAAAACCGAAACCUCAAAACAGGACCCGAAGAAGCAAAAGAAUCCGCAAGAAUGUCCCUCCAAACCCCCCGCAUCCUCCCCUCGCACCUCCACGCCUUCCACCCCAACACCGCCAACGGGCCCCGCUCAACGAACACCGUGCGCCUACUGGGCACAGUGACGAGCCUGCGCGGCGACACGGCGACCAUCACGUGCGGGAACCACGGGGAUGUGACGAUGCUGUUGAAGUCCGAUGCGCAUUUGCAGAUGGGGAGGGUGGUGGAGGUUGUUGGGAAGGUGGUUGACUUGGAGGGUGGGGCUGGUAUUGGGCUAAGACUGCUCGCAAACUUCGACUGGGGGAAUCCUGCUGAUGUUGACUACAAAAUCUACGAAAAACUCGUCGACGUCACACAUCGGUAUCCGGAGAUCUUCUACGACACGGGCGAUGCUUAUUGAACCUACCCUACCUUCCGUGGUUAAUACUGAGAGUUUGGGUGAAACCAAGCGGUUGUUGAGUUGAGUGGAUAGUGUCAAUCAAAAUAAAUAUACCCCGUCUUGUUGAGAUUUGAUGUGCGUUGUGAUAACAGGUAGUGCAUUUACGAUC